AUGGCUCUCGCUUCCCAGGCGGCUCUGCUCGACGAAUUGAUGGGCAAGAAUCGUAAUGCUUGCAAUGGAGAAAUCGUUAGCACACAUUGGUCCGAUCCAGAUGUC